AUGGUGUCCUUCCCAUCCCGGCAGGCAAGCGGAGUUGCUGGAGGUGUAAGCGGUGUCGAGGACCUCGCCGUCGCUCCUGCUCUGAAGCAAGGGGCACUUCGGGGGCCCGUCCUGACGUUCAGGUCCUUUCGGUGGGAGCGAGGAAAUGAGAGCGCGAAAACAAUUGCGAGGGUGAGGAAUGGAGGUGGCGAGGAAGAUGAGGGCGAGGAAGAUGAGGGCGAGGAAGAUGAGGGCGAGGAAGAUGAGGGCUGGGUUCUGGGCAACGUUCUGGGCGACGCGCAAGUGGAACUUUACGAAGUGCUCACGUUGGUGUCGAGUCUGGCGCGUGGGAGGAGGUGCAGCGCGGGCGGAUUUGGAAGGAGCAAGGACACCGGCAAAAAGGGGCUCGCGGGAGAUGUAGACGCGGGCUCAAGGGAGGCGCGCAACAUGCUUGAGGAUCGAGCACAACAGCAGCAGUUGUGUUCGGGGACAGCGGGCGCGUCGAGACAGGGCAGGGCAGUCGGGCGACCAGCGACUGGCUGGGGCAUGGUGUCUCCAGCACGGUUCCUCGCAGUGUCCUCCGUUGUGAUGGGCCCACUACUGCGGCUUGAACAAUUAGAUGAAGCUCUGAACUCACCGUAUUACCGUGCACAGCGCAGAGGUGAUGUAUGGACUCAUAACCCGAGUUGCGAGCGCAAGAUCCCCGAGGCUCGAGCAUGUGAGUGGGGCGGUCAUUGCGUGUGCAAAUGGCGCGCCAGCGUAUGCGCUCAGCGAGCCUCAGACUUGGGUGCAAGUAAGAUAGGAAGCAAGAUAGAGGACAAGCGAGGUGGGCGGCGCAAGAGGUGGCAUACACGCAACAUGGUGGACGAGUAG